UUGACGUCAUUGUCCAUCGCCAUCUUUGUUUGCAAACAAUUUUCGCAGUUUUGCUGACUGUACAUCUUGCUGCUUCGUAGUCAUCGCAUGCUAUGUAUGAUGACAUUCUGACACAGUUCAAGUGAUACUGAGUGAAAACAUGGAAGAGUUUGGAGGUUUCGUAGUAAACGUUACAAGAGUAGGGCUUCCACCUGAGGCUCAAUUUUGCGAAUUUCCGAAGAUAUUUCCUCAUCGAUAUAGUGUUAAAUUGGACGAAAUUCGGGACGAGCUGAGAAAGUAUUAUGAUGUAGCAGGAGAUGAUGCCAUUAAGUUAACCUACUUGGAUGAGGAGAAAGAAGAGGUACAUAUUGACAGUCAAGAGGAAUUGCACGAAGCCUUGAAGGUGGCACAGAAAGAAGAGGACAUCUUGCAGAUGAAAAUGGAAAUUAUUAAAGAUGGAAAGAAAGCUUCUCAACAGACCAUCCAGCCUGACCAAGAACCUUUAGAAGCUAGCAGUUCUGCAAAGAGCGUAGUGAUGGAAGAAUCCAGCACUCAGACGGAGAUGGACCUAAAUCAUGACAGGAUUCGUAAGAAAAAGCGCAAAUUUCGGGACCACUAUGAUGGCUUAGCCGCAGAAGUUGGAAAAAUAUGUGAUGACAGUGUGAUUGCCAAAGCUGCCAAGAAACCAAUGACAGCCUCUGAGUCAGACUCUGAAGAUGCCACUUGCUCAGUGCCGUUGCAGGCCCCUGGGUCUCCUAGGUUCUUCCCUGGGGAGCCAGGAGACCAACAACCCCCAGCCUGGUUCCAUGGAUACAUGAAAAUGUUCAAGAAUGCAGUGGUUACAGAAGUGACCCGUAAAGUAACUCGUAGAGUAAUGAACCAGGUAAAGCGUACCUUGAAGCAGGGAGACCAGAACACUACAGAUUCUGAACAGCAGGACACCCAGUCAGGAGUGAGCCACUUUCCCAUGGGAGGAGAUGAAGGAGAAGGAGAAGAAGACCUCACCACAGUGCUGAGUGCUUUUGAGAGCAUCAGGCCCAGGUUGAGAAGUUCAAGACUUGCCAAAAGAUUGGAAAAAUUCAAACAAAAGGAGCUUCGACGUCUGCAGAAACGCAAGAGGCGUGUUGAACGCAUGCAUCGUGGAAGUGACGUGCCAGAGGAAAGAGAGUCUGCUUGUAAACGCGAACGCCUGGAUUUACCUCAGUUCAGAAGACAGUUCAAAAUGGACUGCCAGUUUGUGAGUGAUGAGACCAUCCCUGAUGACACCAUUCUGUCUCCAGGGACCAAGUUUGUGAAGAAGUGGAAAGUCAAGAACACAGGGAAUGGGAGCUGGACUCGCAACACCAAGCUGUUUUUAAUUUGGGGCAGCAUCCCAGCUGUAAGCUCUGAAGUGGCAGUGCCUCCAGUACAGCCUGGGGAAGAAGGGCUGCUCACAGUGGAACUUGUUGCACCUGAAACCCCAGGCAAUUACCAGUCUCACUGGCGCCUCCAGCAUGAUGGUGUGAGGUUUGGGCACCGAGUCUGGUGUAGUAUUAUGGUAAAGGAGAGAGAGAUCCUAGAGACCAACACCCAGUGUACACACAAUGGUGUGAGAAUACCAUCCUUGGUGAAGGCUUGCACCUCUGUGUGUGGACCAGACCAGGGGGCAGGCACAGAGAAUGUGACCCCUGAACCAAGCCCUGCCCACAUCCCCGUGACCCUGGCACCCAUCCAGUUGCCUUGUAUCGAGACCCUUAACAUCCAGGAUGAUGUGCAGGAACAAGACCAGAAUAACAAUGAGGCACCAG